AUGACUGAAACUUACGAUACUGACGAGCAAAGAAUUAUUGACAGAAUUAAAUGUAUCGCUUUUCGUGAAGCUCGAGAUGCUGGUGCAACAUUUAUCAAUCGACAAUGGGUCGCGGAAAAAGUUCAUCGAUCGGUCCGAUUUGUAACUGACUGGUGGGAAAAAUCGUAUGAUCAGUGCUUUGCUGAUUAUUCAAACGCUGGUCCCAAACUUAAAUUAUCCCAAGCUAGUCAAGAUAUCAUUCGUAAAGCAAGUGGCCGGCAAGGAAAAAGCUGUUCUGUUGUGGCAAAGGAAAUUGCACAAAAGCAAAAAGAAUAUAUCACUCGACAGACAAUUUAUAAUUACCGGCAUAGAGAAGGACUCAAACCUUUCCAUGUUAUUCCAAAACCGUUAAAAUCUGAAACUCAUAUAUCAGAUCGAUUAUGGUUGUGUGACUGGUUAAAAGAUUGGACCGAAGAAGACUUUCUGCAUCUUGCACCGGCUGAUGAAUUUUUUGUGUGGGUUGUUCGUCGAUCAAAUUAUCAAAACGAUCGAAUCUGGGCGAGAAGUAUCGAUGAUAUCGAAGAAGACGAACGUUAUCGUGAAAUGGUUAAAAACCAAGCAUGUAUCGGGAUUUUUGUUAUCUUUACCGCAAAAAGGUUACAUUGGGUGAUUAAAGAAAAAGGUGAAUCUUGGACGGGCCAAUAUUUUCGUGAUGUAAUUUUGACUAACACGUAA